AGGUUUUUAGCGCAAUUGCGUCCCUUUUAUUUUAGUAUUCGCAGCAACUCCCGCUCCCGCUCCCGCUCCCUGCAUAGUUUUGCAGGCUCAGAUUCCUCGCUCUCCAUUGAUUCUCUCUUUUAUCCUCUUUGGGCUGCUAAAAUUGAGUGUUUAAUUUCAACUUUUUGUCAUGGCGAUAGCUUUGGAGUUCAUCAAUCGAUUUUACUGCCGACUAUCUAGCCGAUUGGUUUAGGAGCUGCUGCUGCACCAUUGUUAUUCUCUGGAAAAGCAUUAAACAUUUCAGAAACGAGCUUGCAGACUAACGAAUCUAUAUAACUCAAACUUCAGUGUGAAGAAUUUCAGAAAGUGGGGAGAUAAAUGGACGCGAAGGAAGCUGGUUCGCUGCUUGACAAUCUAAUUGCUGCUUUCAACAGUCGGAUUGCGGAGCUCCAAGAUCUUGUAAUUGCCCGAAACAUGUAUCCGGCAAGUUGUGUCCCUGAUUUGUCGGCAGUUGAUGCAUCACUGAAGGCGAUGGAAUUGCAGGUGCAGGCAAUCAAGAACCAGUUACGAGAAGAAGCAGAAGCAAUUCCCAAAGCAAAAAAACUUAUCGAAGCAUCUCUGAAGCAGCAGAAGAGAUUAGAAAGUAUAUCACUUCAUGUUCCCACAUAUCAGAUUCAGCCCGAAAGAGUUUCUGCAUUGAACUUAAAUACCAGUCUUUGUUCAGAGGCCAAUAAUUCUGGUACUGGAUUGGGCUCCCUAGAGGCUAAGGAUGUGAUUUCCGUCUUACCUAAGGGGAAGAAAAGUUGUUCCUCUCCACCACUUUGGUACAUAACCACUGAUGACCUGAAUUCACUGUCAUCAUAUAUGAGAGGAAGGUUAACAGUCGACAAGGUCAAUGCUGCUGUUAAUGACAUGGCAACAUAUGCUGAAGCAAGUGCCCAGCUUAUUGCCGUCCCAAAGAAGAAGCUGGCGGAGAACCUCUGGGAUAAAGCUCUGGAGCUAAGAGAUAUAGCAACCAUGGAAGCAGUGAAAGGAAAAUAUUUCUUUCUGGAAACUGACAUGAAAGGACCUUCAUUAAAACUUGACAAUACUGGAAAAGCCAUACUAACCGUCCUUCGUCACCUUGGACGUAUAAGCGAGACUCGGAUUGGACACCAGCGUGUAAUUUUACUAUUAAAACCAUCGUAAUCAGCCUUGCGUUUAUUCAGAAACAAGAUUACCAAGUCUUGCAUUGAUGAACGUCUAGCCUGUACGAGGAUAAUCAUUUGGUGGUACAACAGAAUUGUAUAAUAGUCGAUAAUUCUGGCAAUCCAUUUCUCCAAGAUUAACGAUCAAAUUCGUAUAUAUUGAUUGUUUCGAAGAAGGUGAAAGAAUCUGGUAACUGAAAAAGUACAUUCAUUUAUAGAUAAAUUGGGAGAAUGGUAUGAUGUCUGUCUUUGAUUAUCAUGAAAGGAAUCCUUGAAUUUGAAA